AUGUUUCUAGGCAGACAGAGAGAGCCUGCAUUGCCACUUGACCGCACCGAGAACAGAGGCAGUUCCAGCUACAAGCUGCCGCUAGACGUCUUCCCGCGAAAGGUGCUCAACUGUGUGUUCAAGUACCUCGAUAUACCUGAUUUGCGAUCUCUUGCCUGUCUUGGAGACCCGUUCUCCUCGGCCACAAGACCGUUCAUUUACCGGUCUAUAGUGUACUCAGAGAAAGCCGACGAGAGAGUCGAUACGAAAAUUGGCGAUUACAACAAGUACCUCCACUUGGUGUACACACUCAUCGAGAACCCUGAAUGGGCCAAAUACGUGUUUCACGUCAGACUGGAGGACCCAAUCGGCCAGAGGGGCAAAAUGUGGACCGUCAAGCUGGACGAGAUGUUGCGGGAAGACGAGCUGCGGUUGAUGGAAGGUCUGGCCCAGACAACGCUGCUCGACUCGCUAGUCCGUCUUCUGGAUCUCACCACAAAUUUGCACUCGCUGCACGUGCCGACGUUGACCAUCAAACAGCUCUCACUGCUGAAACUUUCCUCUGUAAGGGAACUGACAAUUGCGAUAGCCGAGGGAGACAGCAUUGACGAUUUUGUGGGCAUUGACUUGCGGAACGUUACCAGUCUUUGCGUUCGCUUUGAAAAGGGCACGGAUUCGCUUCUUACCAAGAUGUCUAAGCAUUUACGGAAAAUUGGCGUUCUGGAGAGACUGGAAGCUCUUGAGCUGAACUACCGACAACGAGAGUUCAACGAGUUGCUCUCCCCAACCUGGUACGCGUUCUUCCAUCCUCAUGUGGAGCUUGUUCUGCCAAACCUGCGGAAACUGGUCCUGGACCACUGUCAGCUUGGCAGCAAACACGAGUAUUUCUCCAGACGGCUGAUUCAGACGGUUCCGCUCGAACAGCUAGAAUCGCUUACGCUUGGAGUUUACGAGUCGUCGCACAAAGGCCUGAAACAUGGCUCCGAAACGCAUCCAACGUUCCUUAAUCACAUCGCUCCGCAAUUGCGCAGCCUGCGACUCCUCGUCCUCAAGCCUUCAGGAAACUGCCUCCUGUGCCAGGUGAAGUCUGUCGUAGACUUUUUGCAUUGCUAUCCCCAUUUACACGAGCUAUGUCUUUUCACAAACACGCUGAACUCCAUGAACCGCCAGGAUCUCGCCACCGCGCUGACGGGCUGCACCGAGCUACGCAGGCUUGCCCUUUGCGACGAGGCGAUCCACAUGAAACUGGUCAACCAUCUCAAACGGUGGUUCAUCUACGAGAACCUAGUCAAGUUCGAAGCGUACAACCACUUCGAGUGCGAAAUAUUGCAGCAGGUGGAAAGUCCGCAGUUCGAGCGAUACGCCAGCAAGUCGUUUGAGGCGUUUACUACAGCAAACUCGAGCCUCAUGAUUCUUUUCUGGCGAACGUUCCUGCCCCACGUCCGGGCCGACGCUCUGAUCAGGGGACUGAGUGCGAACGAGUUCAAACUGUAUGGCUACAAUUUCCGAGUCGACCGCGACCAAAAUCUGGUCCAGAUGUACACCGGUUCCAAAUUUGGGUACCAAAAUCUGCUCUACUACUGA